UUUCUCUCUUUUGAUUGAAGAAACGCAUAGAUUCUAUCCCAUCCAUCACCUCCACCCCUCCCCUCACUGCCCAAACAAAGGAAAGGGUAUCGUUUAAUUUCUAGCCCAUUCUCUCCAGUGGCAUCGUGGUGGGCAGAAACUUGCACAGCUCACUUUGUGCAGCACAAUCAUCAAACGCAGGUGGUUAAACGCGUUAACGUCUGAAGGUCUUUCCUUGUUUAUCUUGGAAGAAGAUGAGUGGAUUUGAAGGACCCCGCCUUGCGUAAAAGUUGCGGAUGGUUCAUUUUGCGCAUAGAUAUUUAAAGGACUAUUUCGUCUCCAAAACACAAGAGGAGGUCGAAUUCUUCCCUGUGCAAAACUCUCGCCCACAAGCAGGCUGGAAGACCAUUCACUCCGGAGAACGCCGCGGUUCCGCAGAGCGCAGAUGAUCGCAACUGGUGUCUGUGGCGUCGCGCUAGUGCUGGUGUUGGUGGUUCUGAUCCCAGUCGUGGUGAACUCCGCCGGGACGUCUUCGCGCUAUGAAAUGCUCGGAUCCUGUCAGAUGGUGUGCGACUCCCACGGGACCGCGGCCACUUCCACGGCCAAAGCGACCAACCCGAUCAAAGACAACCGCCUCGUCCAGUCCCUUCCGACGUUCAUCCAAGGUCCUCAAGGAGAGCCCGGACGCGUCGGGAGGAUGGGUCCGAAGGGUCCGGUGGGCGAACCCGGACCGCCUGGACCUGUUGGUCCUGCCGGGGAACGAGGGGCACCUGGUCCUCCGGGUCCACCUGGAGCACCCGGAGCCAAUGGGCCAAAUGGCGCCAUCAGCGCUGCCACGUACAACACCGUCCCGAAGAUCGCGUUUUACGCAGGACUGAAGAAGCAGCACGAAGGAUAUGAAGUGCUGAAAUUCGACGACGUGGUCACAAAUCUUGGCAACCACUACGACCCCGCCACGGGGAAAUUCACCUGCUCAAUACCGGGGAUUUACUUCUUUGUUUACCAUGUGCUGAUGAGAGGCGGGGAUGGAACCAGCAUGUGGGCUGACCUCUGCAAAAACAACCAGGUGAGAGCCAGCGCCAUCGCACAGGACGCCGACCAGAACUACGACUACGCCAGCAACAGCGUCGUGCUGCACCUGGAGCCCGGGGACGAGAUCUACAUCAAGCUGGACGGAGGGAAGGCGCACGGCGGCAACAACAACAAGUACAGCACCUUCUCCGGCUUCAUGCUGUACGCGGAUUGAACGACAGGAAGAUGUGUCCCGCAUUUAACUCGCUUCAGCGCUCAUGCUCAAUUAAAUGCCAGCUGGAUUAGAGCUCACACUUUCCAUAUUGCAGAACGAAGAUUGGGGGAAAAGUCAUGCGUAAAAAGGAAAGAACUGGGACCUCACAGUUUAAUUGCAGGGUAGUAGGAGUUUUUUUCUUUAUGCAGCGUGGAACUGUGCUGUUGUCAGAUUGAUUAGUGUCGCUAUCGCAGACUGAAUGAACUCUUUAGCUUUACAAAUUAACCUUGCAGAUAUUCCAAACAUGCUGUAGCUGCUGUAGUACUGAGUGGAUGUAAAGUGAAGGUCACACCAAGUCCUAGAUGAUAAAACCAUACUCACAUAUUCACUACUGUUGUUAGUCCACGUGCGUGCUUCAUUUGAAACGGUGUUAGAUUGUUGUUGCCUAACGAGUCAAAGUGUUCACCGCUGUAGUGAUGCAUGGUUAUAAAAAGGAACCUUUAAGCCUGUGCAGCUUUUAAAAGACGAGCAUCAUUGUGUAAAAAGCCUUUAUCACGCUCGCGCCGCCGCGCUGUCACAGGAAUGAUGCCUGGACUCAUUACUCUGGCCGGUGUCUGUACGACAGCUGGUUGGGGCAACAGGAGGGUCUGGUGGUUAGUCACCAUCACAACGCUGGAUGCUCCCGCUGACACAAGCGCUUCCUCCAGCUUGACAACAUCCAUCGACCUGCCCGCCUGCUUGUUGAGCCCCCGUCCGCAUGCGGCUGCCAGAGGAAAUGUAAAACACAAAGUUAAACCUCCACUCUUUAAUCCUCUUAGGAGAUUAAUCAAAGCUAUGGUUCAGGGUAGACCGUCAGCUGUGGCGAUCAUGCCAUUGAUCAUGUGGUGAAGUCACCCUGCGAGGCCACCUGUUCCCAGGUGAGGGGGGGGGGGGCGCGUCCUUCAUGUGGGCCCGGCAGCCAGUCGGCCUCCCAUAGACACCCAGACUCCCACUGAGGGGCAACAGGACGAGCCAUCCAGCACCGCCGCAGCGUGUGGAGCCCAGCGCUGCAUACUGAUGACUCGCCUGCUCGUUACUGUCCUUCCAUCACACACAAAUGUCACCUACAGAUGACGUUAAAAACAACCUAGUGGAAAGUGUUUGUCUUAGAUUACUUCCAGUGUCUGUGCAUGAGUCAUGUUUCCUUUCUGUGGCACAAACAGGAGCAAAUCAAGGCGACUAAUGAGAAGCGCUGUGAUCCCUUUUAUAGCCAAGUGUAAUCACCAGUGUAAAAAUGAAGUUUUAAUCAAUGCACAUGUCUAAAAAUCAUCCCAGUCUCAUUAAACAAUAGCCUGUAAUUAUUUCCAUAAAAUGGCAAAAUUAAAAAUAACAAUGUGGGAACAGUCUCUGCUCAAAGCUUGUAAACAGGUUGGUUAAAGGCUCUCAAAGGCUCUUUGUGGUUCAUCCUUGACUGUGAUUAUUGCAAAGAUCUUGAAGUUUUCAUUGUGGGAUGUUCAGAUCAUCGUCUGAGGAUAAAAUUAUAGCUCUGUCAAA